AUGGGCAGCUGGACGGAAGAGAGUGCCAUCCAGGCACUCCUCGGUGCCGUGGAUCCAUCCUCCGUACCAUCGCGCCUCACAGCGCUGGAGCUCCUGUGCCAGACCAGCGCUCAUAGCACGCAAGUGGAGGUAUGCCUUCGAUUGCUGGAAGACCCAGAUCUUCGAGUGAAGUCAGCUGCCUUGGAUGCCAUGAGGUUUUGUGGCUCAGAUCCUGACCGUGCAGACUUGCUUGGGCAAAAGGCUCUGGAGCAUUUGCAUCACUGGGACCACUUCGUGCGACGUGCCGCUCUGGCGCUCCUGCGCGAGGCGGUACAGACCGAAGAAACCAUUGAAGCGCUGUUGACGCUUUUGGAGGACCCCUCCUCCGAGGUGGUUUGCCGGGCUAUAGUGGCCAUCGCCGAGCUGGAUCGUGGACCCAAGGACGAGACUCCAGAGGCAGCCGAAGAGCAUGAGACGAAGCUUUGUGGAGCCUUGGCGCCUUUGCUGGAGCAUGGUGAUGUGGCCUGGCAGUGA